AUGGCAUCCACGCUUGCGAACACAAAACCACGCAUUGCCGUCGCAGGUGCAGGAAGUCUGGGCCUCCCCGUCAUCCUCGCCCUUCUCGAUGCAGGGUACCCAGUCACCAUCCUAAGCCGCUCCAGCUCCCCACGAAAGGAAGGCAUCCCGGCGGACAGGAACGUUGCAUAUGCGACCGUUGACUACACAUCGGUGGAAUCACUCAAGCAAGCCCUCAGGGGACAUGUCGCUCUUCCGGUCUUCGGCUACAAGGUUGCUACUCAAACGAAACUGGAGGAGGUCGCAGCCAAGAAUCCGGGGUUCAGCUAUUCCGUCGUUAUUAACGGCCCAUUUCUCGAUUGGGGUUUGGCAACCGGCUUCCUAUUGGAUCCUAAGGCCCACUCGGCAACGAUCUUCGAUGGUGGCGACAGGAAAUUUAGCACAACCACCUUGGCUGGUGUCGCCAAAGCAGUGGUAGGAAUCUUUUCUCACCUGGAACAAACCAAGAAUCGCUUUGUUUUCGUCCACGAAGCCGUUGUCACGCAAAAUCAACUUAUCGAGCUAGCAAAGCGGCGUGACCCAACAGGAUGGAAGAUACAGCGAGCAAGCACUGAGGAAACGAAGGCAAACUGUCUUGCGACUAUUUCGAAGGGUAAUCAGAACGAGAUCAUGGGUGCGAUGAUCGGAUUGAUUCAUGCCGCGGUGUUCGGAAAACGGUUAUGA